CACACAAAAGAGAAAGGGGCAAAAAAAAAAAAAAGUAAGAAUCCAUCACAACCAUUGCUCAACCACCACCACGACCACCACCUCCUGUUAUUUUCGGAAUCCCCCAAAUUAGCUAACCGCCCUUCUCAAAUUCUCCAUCUCCAACCCCCUUCAAUUCCAAACUUAGGGUUUCUGAUCUGAUCCCACCCCUUUCCCUCAGUUCUCAGAAACCCUAACUCUCUCAUCAAUCCUAGGGUUUUGUUUCCGUUAUCGUUUUCAUUUCCCGUCUGUUAGCUGUCAUUAUCGUUGACGAUGAAGAAGCAGACGAGGAGGAGAAGGAAGAAGAGCUCGCCGGCAGAUCCGAAGCCGGCCGCUCCCCCCAAAGACGACGCCGAGCAGAAGGCCGUGGCCGCGCUGACGGAGGCCUUCUCUUCGGUCUCAGUCGACGACGCCGUUUCGGCGCUUCGCGAAGCUAAAGGCCACCCGGACAAGGCCGCCGAUAUUUUGGUCCAGUCUCUGGCCGACACCUCCGACGAGCCGUUCACGAGCUUCACGUCGAGCGGCGUUUCUGGUUUUGAUACCGGCUCCGACGAGCCGUUCACGAGCUCCAUGUCGAGCGGCGUUUCCGGUUUUGAUACCGGCUCCGACUAUCCGUUCACGAGUUCCUCGUCCAGCGGCGUGUCCGGAUCUGAUGCGGGCUCGACUUCCGGGUCGGGUUCGUCCGAGGGGUUUGAGUCGGGUUGUGUUCAGAAUUUAGUGAGCGAGAGGGGUUUUAGGAAUAAGCAGAAGAGGGUGGUUGCGUCGGCCGGAACGGUUUCAAAUGUGUUGGGCAAAGAGUAUGUGAGGUCGAGGAUGACGAAGCUCAGUGGUUUAAAAAAUGGAGUUGCUGCUGGGGAAGAGGAAGCUGAACAGUUUCUUUGUUCAAUGCUUGGGGAUGACUCUGAGCUCAACUUGGCUGUUGUUAGAGAUGUGCUUUGUCAGUGUGGGUAUGAUGUUGAAAAGGCCUUGGAUUGCUUACUUGAGGUAUCUUCGUCCUUGUCUGAACAGCCCGGUCGUAGUUCUAACUAUAGUUAUAAAGAAAAUGGUAGAUAUUCCACUGGACAGUUUGACUCUCUGACAGAUAGGGCAUCUGAUUGUACUUCUUAUUCAUCCGAGGAUAAUAUAUGGUAUUCGGGAUACGCUCACCGGAAUUAUGCGGAGGUGCUUGCUAGUUCAGAAGCUCAUCAUCCCAUGAGCCCAAGUAGUACCAAAUCGAAUCUCCCUCAAAAGGUGUUGGAAUCUUUGUUUAACAUCUCCAAGACUCCUGAAUAUGAACCAAAAGCUAUGAAUUGGAAGAAUGUAGUGAAUAAGUUGCAGUCAUUGGGACCUGAAGUUGAUGGUGGCACAUCAAGCUCUGCAGAAGCAAAACAAGACACUUCGGCUAAAGGAGAUGAAUAUCAUGCAUUUAGAGUGACUGCAAGCCAGCACUGGGAUUUAAUGAAGUCCUACUAUCAGAAGGCUGCUACAGCAUAUUCGAAGGGAUCACGGGAGCAUGCAGGUUAUCUUUCUGAGCAGGGGAGGGUACAGACUAAAAUGGCACAGAAGGCUGAUGAAAAGGCAAGCAAGGAAAUCUUUAAAGCUAGAAACAAGGACAUAGAAAACAUGAUAACAAUUGAUUUGCAUGGGCAGCACGUUAAACAAGCAAUGAAGCUUUUGAAAAUCCACCUUCUAUUUGGAACAUAUGCACAAUCGGUUCAAUUCCUCAGGGUUAUCACAGGAUGUGGGUCACAUGGUCUAGGAAAGUCAAAACUGAAACAAUCGGUCAUACAGCUUGUUGAGAACGAAGGUAUUACAUGGACUGAAGAGAAUCAGGGGGUUGUAUUGAUAAAGCUAGGUUCACACACGGAGUUCAACUUUAUGGAUUCCGAGAGUGAUGACGAGUGAGUUAAUUGUAACAGAAACUAGUCUGUAGUACCUGCCUCGGGUUGGUCCUCGUUGUCAGUCAUCAGGGAGUUGCUAAGCCCUCCACAGGUUGUCUGCUGUCAUAGAGUCGGCUAUUUAGUUUAGUCAUAGUGUUCUGUAAUAUUCAAGGCCAGGUUUUAGAUGUGUCCAUAUUCAUCUUUUUCCAUAGGUCCAGAUUUACUUCAAAUCCGCUUUUUAAAGAAACUAGACACUUCUCAUGAUGCUCUUUGUACGCUAUGGAGCAUGUAUAUACUUGAGAAAAAACUGUAAUUUAUCUUGACAUUUAAUGACAUGACACAGGCCAUCGCAUGCAUACACCA